AUGAAUCUAAGGGUGGCUUGGGAUUCUUGGUGCUGGGUUUGUGCGUGGCUUGAGGGUGGUGGUCAUGAGGGAGAAGAAAUCCAGGGGGAGCGCUGGAUUCUACCACAAUUCGUUGAUUGGGUCUGUGGUGGUGAGGUCUUGAUUCAAGCCGUAGGAAAUCCAGUCGGACUCGCUUGUUCAAAAUAA